UAGGGUUAGGUUUAUUUAUCAGGAAAAUUAAUGCAGAAGAUGAAUGAUUUAAGAACGCCAGCUUUGGUUGUUUACAAACACAAGGUAGAAGCAAAUUGUGAGCGAAUGCUAAAGCUUGCAAAAGAUCAUGGAGUUACAUUAAAGCCCCAUUUUAAAACUACGAAGUGUUUGGAAGUUGCUAUUAUGCAAACUGGAGGUACCAAGUGUGGAAUGGAGGUUUCUACUCUCGUGGAAGCAGAUUUACUUGCAGAAAACGGUUUCGAGAAUGUGAUUUAUGCCUAUCCCAUUUCUCCACAUAAGACUCCAAAAUGUGCUGAGCUGAGUGAAAAAAUGAAAUCCUUUGUGGUAUUUGUGGAUAAUGUGGCAGCUUUAAAAGCAUUGGAGCAGUGGAAACUUAAAGAUAACAAGAACUGGCAAGUUCUUGUGGAGGUAGAUACUGGUGCUGGAAGAUCUGGAGUUCAAAUUGAGUCUCUUGAUGCUGUAUCUCUUAUUAAGGAAGUUGUAAAGUGUGGCAAUGUAACUUUCUCAGGUUUAUAUUCUCAUUGUGGUCACUCCUACAAAUGUAAAAAUGCUGAAGAGAUCAAAGAAGUGGGUAAGAUGGCAACAAACAAAAUGCUCACUUUAGUUGAUGAAUUAAAGAAACAAGGUAUUACCUGUCCAUCUUAUGGUAUUGGAUCAACCCCUUCUUGUAGCAAACCUGCACCUGAGAUGUCAAAGUUAACAGAAUGGCACCCUGGAAAUUAUGUGCUCUAUGAUCUCAUGCAGGUUAAGAUUGGUUCAUGUGAAAUUGAUGAUAUUGCUAGUUUUGUCCUAACAAGAGUCAUUGGUCAUUACACGAAAGGGGAAGAUGUUUUUCUCAUCAUUGAUUGUGGUUGGACUGCUAUAAGUCUUCAUGGAGUUAAAGACAGUGAGGAAACUUCAGGAUAUGGGUUGAUUGUUGAUCAUCCAGAGCUUAAGCUGGCUCAUAUGAGUCAAGAGCACGGUAUUGUUAAAAGUAAAGAUUCUACCAAACCGCUGGACUUGUCCCGCUAUCCUGUUGAUUCAUUUUUGCGUAUAUAUCCAUAUCAUUCUUGUGCCACUUGUGCAAUGCAUCCAGUGUUCUAUGUUGCUGAUCAAAAUGACAACAUUAUUGACCACUGGAGGCCAGUAAAGGGUUGGUAAACUAACAUAUUACCCAAAAAUGCUGUAAACAUUUUAACCUUCUUGUAUAAAAUACUGUGAAAACUACCCGUACAGUGCCAAAGUGUUGUGUAUUAUUUUUCCACUGCAAAAAAUUCUUUAAGUUCAUUUAAUAUUUUACAUAUACUGCCUUUUUAACAUAUGAAGAAUAUGGGAUAUGCUUAUCUAUAGCAAUUAUUGUUGAAUCUGUAAUCAUAUUAGGAACACCAGCAUUCAUUGUUAUCAUAAUCAUUUUUGCUGCAAUGCUUUGUACCCAUAAUUUAUAACAUUUGUAUUUCACCAUUACUCUAUACUUCUCUUUAUUGUGUAAUCCAUAAGUGUUCCUCUGAAACAAUUGUGAACUAAAGGUGGGAUUUCUCUUAA